UGUUACGGCGUGACGUAGAGCGCAAUCCCCUACACGUCGAAUGUUUCACUAUUCUGACUCUAAAACAUCAAAAGUCUGCUGAAUGUAAACAUGUUGACACACAGAUGAAAGGGUCGUAAAAAUGGUGCUCGAGAGCGUGGUAGUGGAUGUCCUCAACAGGUUUUUAGGAGACUACGUUGUGAACCUUGACAGCUCCCAGCUGAAGCUUGGCAUUUGGGGAGGUGAUGCGGUUCUUAAAAAUCUUGAGAUAAAGGAAAAUGCCUUGAGUCAACUAGAUAUACCCUUUAAAGUCCGAGCUGGCCACAUAGGACGUCUGGAGCUGAAGAUCCCUUGGAAAAACCUCUACACCCAAUCAGUAGAGGCCACACUAGAUGGGGUCUACCUACUAAUAGUUCCCACAGCAAGCAUAAAAUACGAUGCUGAGAAGGAGGAGAAGCAGCUACAGGAAGCUCGUCAGCGGGAACUGCAGCGAAUAGAGGAGACAAAGCUGAAGGCUGCUGAGCAAGAAAACCCUAAACUGGAGAAGCAGGACACGUUUGUGGAAAAACUCGUGACUCAGGUCAUCAAAAACCUGCAGAUCAAGAUCUCAAAUAUUCACGUUCGCUAUGAAGAUGAUGUCACUAAUCCAAACUGCCCUUUGUCGUUUGGAGUGUCACUUAAAAACCUCAGCCUCCAGACUGCUGAUUCGAACUGGAAUCCCAGUAUUUUGGAUGAGAAGGCCAGGCUUUUCUUUAAGUUGGUUCGAUUGGACAACUUGUUUGCCUACUGGAAUGUCAACUCUGUUCUCUUUUCCAAUCACAAUCCUGAGGAGGCCCUGCGAUGCCUUCAGAGCAGCAUGGAAAUCCCUCAUUCUCUCCCUGCCAGCCACGACUUCAUUUUUCGUCCCAUUUCUGCUGAUGCUAAACUGCGGAUGAAUCCCAGAUCAGAUGUGGAUUUUUCUUCUCCUAAAGUCGAUUUAAUGGUCAACCUUCGUGAGGUGGCCAUUGAGCUCAACAGACCUCAGUACAUUAGCAUCUUAGAGCUGCUUGGCUCUGUAGAUAUGAUGUCUCGUAACCUGCCAUACAGGAAGUACAGACCUGAUGUACACAUUCACAAGAAUGCUCGCAAAUGGUGGAAGUAUGUGAUCAGAGGCAUCCUGGAGGUGGACGUGAAGCCACGUCUGCAUAUGUGGUCUUGGAAACGCAUUCAGCGGCACCGGAAGACGGCAAAGUGUUACAGAGAGCUCUACAAGACUAAAAUCACCAGCAAGAAGCCAAGUGAUGAGCUUCUCAAGCAGCUAGAGGAGACUGAGAAGACCUUGGAUAUUUUUAACAUCACACUGGCUAGGCAGCAGGCUGAAGUAGAGGCAAGCAAGGCUGGGUUGCGUAUUUAUCGUCCAGGGAUGAAGAUGGAGGAGGAGCAGUCUCAGGGUUGGUUUGGCUGGAUGUGGAGCUGGGGAGGAGAAGCUGAAACACAAACAAAAGAGACCAAGACUGGAAGUUUUGAUGAAUUUUUAACCCCCGCUGAAAAAGCCAAGCUCUACACUGCCAUCGGAUACAGUGAAACUGCUGCUAAUCCCAACCUGCCAAAGAAAUUUGAAGACAUGAAGGUGAAUUUCCACAUGGAAAAGCUCUCUGUGUCCAUCAAAGACAACAAGGACAAAAAUGAAAUCAUCAGGCUGACUGUUGGGGAGCUCAAGUCAACGCUCACUCAGAGACCAGGAGCUCAGGCCAUCAAAAUCACAGCCCAGCUCAGUUUGUUCGAAGUCACCGGUCUGGCCGCUGACAGACCCGCACCAACCCUCCUGUCAUCCAGGAAGGCAGCCACAGGAGCAGGAACCCCGCUGCUGUGCAUCCUGUUUGAGACCAACCCGCUGGACGAGAGCGCAAACCAGCGGCUGCAUGUAGAAUCACAACCGCUGGAAAUCAUCUACGAUGCAAUAACGGUAAACAGCAUGUCGGCGUUUUUCCGUCCGCCUGACAACCUGCAGCUAGAUGAGCUCACCAAUGCAACCCUGAUGAAGCUGGAGCAGUUCAGAGACCGCACAGCCACCGGGUUGCUAUAUGUGAUCGAAACACAGAAAGUCCUCGACCUGAAGCUGAACCUGAUGGCCUCUUACAUCAUAAUCCCUCAACGCGGCUUUUACAACGGGACUCAGAACAUCUUGCUGUUGGAUCUUGGUCAUUUCAAGAUGUCCAGUAAAAGCAAGAAGAAUCUGCCGCAGCUCUCGGUGGGUUCCAGCAACAUUGAAGACAUCAUGUCCAGAGCAUACGACAGCUUUGAUGUUCAGCUUAGCAGCCUGCAGUUUCUUUACAGUAAACCAGAUGUCGACUGGAAAAAGGCUCGCAAAGAGAAAAGGUCACCACUUCACAUCCUGGAGCCCGUGGAUCUGCAAGUGGUUUUCAGUCGAGCCAUGGUAGUUACCGACUCCCGCAUGCCAAAGUACAAGAUGUCUGGAAAACUUCCUCUGCUGUCCCUCCGAAUAUCCGAUACUAAACUUCGGAGUGUUCUGGAGCUGGUAGAAAGUAUCCCCCUGCCUGAGAGCAAACCUGCAGCACGCAACACUUCAGCCCCAAAGACACGACAGUCGUUCACCCCUCAGCUCACCCCUAGAAGACCACUGAAUUUAGCCGACCAGCGCUCUUCUCUCAUGUUUGAAUCCUGUGAGACCGUCAGCAUCUCCUCACUUGGUUCAGAGGACGAUUUGUUUUUUGACGCUCCCAGUUCUCCCAUCGGAGAUAAACCUUUCUUCCCAGACAACCCCAUGCCUCUGCGCUAUGCAGAUUUAAGCAAAAGACAAGCUCUUAUCAAAGAAGACACUAAGAAGAACAUGAUUGACUUCAAUCUAGAGUUUGAGAUCAGUGAGUGUUCUGUUCAGUUGUGUCGUAUGUCAGACGGUCUAGAGGUUACCGUCCUCCACCUGGACAUAGAAGGCCUCGGCACCGAGCUGAAGUUGUGCACUUUCAGCAUGUCGUCCAACACCUACCUGCGAGAGAUCUGCCUGAAGUGUCCUGAAUAUAUGGAUUCUGAGGAUAAGCAGGUUCAGCUGAUCACCACUUUAGACAAUAAAAAAGAUGACCUCCUCACUUUGGAAUAUAUUAAAGCUGACAAAAACGGUCCUGAGUUUAAAACCCAACACAGCAACACAGAGCAGCUGAUCAAGGCGACCUUCUCAUCCCUGGAUGUCCAUCUUCACACGGAGGCUCUCCUUAAUGCCAUGAACUUCCUCAAUAAUCUUCUUCCUCCAACAACUAAGAAGGAAGGAGGGCCCGAAGAGCUUCCCGCCAUCCCAGAGGAAGAUGAGGCAGAGGCAGAGAGGGAAGGAGAAAAGAAGGAGGAAACUGCUGUAACCAAGAAAAAGACUCCAAAACGUUCCAAGUAUGCAGAUGUGGUGAAUCUGCACAUCAGAGCUGAUCUGCGCUGCUUGAAAGUUUUCAUUCGAGGACAGAAAGCCAGAAUUUCAGAAAUCAGUAUUGAAGGUCUGGUUUCUGAGGUCCUGAUGAGGAAGAAGAACAUGGAGGUCCAAGCCAACCUGAAGAACAUUGUGAUUUUAGACUGCAACAAAGAUGCCUUGUAUAAGAAGGCCGUCUCCAUUGCUGACAAGGAGGUAUUUGCCUUCCGGAUGGUAAACUACACAGAUGCGACAGAAGGAGACGAGUAUCUGGACAUGUCUAAUGUUGACACUUCGGUCACACUGACAGUGGGGUGCAUUCAAGUCAUCUUCCUCAACAAGUUUGUCUCCUCCAUUCUGGCUUUUAUUAAUAAUUUCCAGGAGGCUAAAGAAGCUCUGGCUGAGGUUACGGUCCAAGCUGCAGAAAAGGCAGCCUCCGGUGUGAAGGAACUGGCAGAGCGGAGCUCUAGAAUCGCUCUCAGCGUUCACUUCAAUGCACCUGUGAUCUUCCUCCCUCAGUCGUCAUCCUCAGAAAAUGUCAUCGUAGCUGACCUUGGUCGGCUGUCCGUUAAGAACCGCUUCGCCAAGAAGCCUUUUAAAAGCGAUGCAGCCAUCCCGCCUGUUGUUGAUAUAAUGACCGUGAAACUCACCAACCUCAAGAUGUUCAGAACCACUUACAAAGAUGGGCAAUUUCGAGGAGAGAUGCAGCUUCUGAAGCCGGUCUGUCUAGACCUGGAAAUUCAAAGAAACCUUUCAUCUAACUGGUAUCACAGCAUCCCCGACAUAGAAAUCACUGCUCAUCUGAUGCCGAUGAGCCUGAUUCUCUGUCAGGAUGACAUGAUCAUAGUCCUGAGGACUCUGAGCGAGAACCUGUCAGAGAAAUCUGAUGCAGUUCAGCCCGCGGCUACUCUGGCUCCAGCCGAUCACUCCUCUGACUCAAUGUCCAACAGAGAGUCCCAGGGCUCUGGAGCCACCGGACCUGCUAGCAGUAACACGGUGGUGACAUCUGCUGUAGUGGAGUCCCAGAAACACAGCAAGUUAAAGACGACACUCAAGGUGGAUUUUAAGUUUGACUCCAUGACGCUGGUGGUUUACAGUCCUAACGAGAAUGUGAUUCAACUCUUAGACCUGCACGAUGAGCAGCUGAAGCUGGCUGAAUUUACUCUGGGCACCAUCUCCACCUCUGUCCAAAUGUUCUCUGACAGCUCCAUGAAGGCGUCUGUUCAACUCAACACGUGUCUUCUAGAUGACAAGAGACCAAAAAUAAAGAUGGUCACCCCGAGGAUGAUGAAGAUGCGGCCGGGCGCUGAGCAGAACAUGAUGGUGGAGGUGAACUACCGUCAGGGUCAUGAAGGCACCACCUUAGACACGGUGGUGCAGGAUGUGUACCUGUGUGCCAGCAUGGAGUUCCUGCACACGGUGGCUGACAUCUUUCUUAAAGCCACCGCGGAGGGUUUUGCGCAGGAGAAACAAUCCAAAAAUAACACGGGUGCUGGAGAAAAGAAGAACAUGAACUCAUCUGCCUUAUCUAAAGACUCCAGUGCAGCUCCAGCUUCAGUGUCAAAGACUGAGAUGAACGUUCUGGUGCGUAACCCAGAGAUUGUGUUUGUGGCCGACCUGACUCGUGCUGACGCACCGGCGCUGGUGAUGACCACACAGUGUGAACUAGUGAUGAAAACCAGUGCAGAGGGAUCGCUGAUGACAGCUGCCAUCAAAGAUUUAAAGGUUAUAGCGUGUCCCUUCAUAAGAGAGAAGCGGAAAAACGACGAGACCACUGUGUUGCAUCCUUGUCAGGUGUUCUUUAGUAGUACUCAGGCCCCGUCUUCCCCUCAGGCCAUGGAAGUCUCCAUCAACUCUCUGUUAUUGAAGGUGUCUCCUGUCAUCAUCAACACAGUGAUGACCAUCCAGUCAGCGCUGACGCCCACGGCAGAGACUCCCGAAGAGCAGGACAGUCCUGUUCCUGUUGAUCUUUGGAAUAAGCGGAGCUGGAAGGACCUCAAACUCUGGUUCUUGGAGGAGGAAGGGGAUGAAGACACAAAGUCUUUGACCCCCCUGAUUCCCCAGGGAGAAUCCUUAAAGGUGUCCAUAAAGUCCAUCUGUCUGACUCUGGAGGCUGGUGUGGGACACCGCACCGUCCCCAUGCUUCUGGCCAAGUCCUCCUUUAACGGAGGUGUGAGUAACUGGUCUACACUUAUUAACCUGCAGAGUGAGCUGAACCUGGAGGUUCACUAUUACAACGAGAUGCUGGGGGUGUGGGAGCCGCUGCUGGAGCCUUUAGAAGACCAGACGGGAGAAAAUUUCCAACCGUGGACUCUGGAGUUAAAGAUGAAGAAGAAGCCUGUGAAUACCCCUGCUUUGGCAGAUGAAGUAGAUUACAGUAUUCCAGACUAUAAGACAGUGAUUGUAAUCUGCAGUAAAGACAAGCUCAACAUCACACUCUCCAAAUGUGGACUGACCAUGCUGAGUAACCUGGGAACGGCAUUUGCAGAGGCAGCCAAACAGACCUCAGAGUGUUUCCAAAAGGAUGAAGCUCCAUUUAUAGUGGAAAACCUGCUGGGCCUGCCAGUAUCGGUCCGUCACAGUGAGCUGUUCUGUCCCAUCCACAGCCAGAGCACCAACCACACAGUCACGCUGCAGGACGGCCAAACCUUAGAGAUGGACUACACAUCCACACCGGGCUCGGAUCAGUUCUCAGCUAUGAUCUCCCUGAGUGGAAAAGACUACUACAUAAAGCCCACUCCAGAGGGGCACACCUCAGCCAGUGCGAUCCCGCUGAUCAAAGUCGGCAGGGGGUUAUACAGCGUCAUGCACAAUGACUCGGGAGUUACUCGCUUCCUGGUGUGUCAGAUAUCCUCAGAGGAAGGCAGCAAGUACAUCAAGAUCCGCUCUCCUUUUCAGAUUAUCAAUCAUUUCUCCAUACCAUUUAAAGUGUUUGAGGGAUCAACAUAUCUGGGUAAAGCUCUUCCUGCGAAGGAGUUCUGUGUCCCUCUGGACUCCUAUAGGUCUGAGCUUAGCCUUCAGCCUACAACGGAGGACGGAGAUGAUGAGCAGUUUGAGGUGUCAGAGGGCUUCAGUUACGAGGACAUCAGUCACCAAGAGGCCGACAAGCACCUCUGUCAGACCUGCCAUCGCCGUGGUGAUCAGGGUGGUGUGAUGACAAUCAAUAUAGUGCCAGUAAAGGAUGCAGUGGCAUUCAAACACACGGGGGGUGCUGGGGAUCACUUUGAUGUUCCCUUUGUGUUUCACCUCUGGCCUUCAAUGCUGCUACGCAAUCUGCUGCCUUAUCCCAUCACUUACAAACUAAAGCAGGAGAGUGGAGUUUCUGCCCCUGAAGCUACUCUGAAUCCAGGUCACUCUGCUCAGCUUCACACUGCCGUCAUCGACCAGUCAAGUCUUGAUCUCCGGCUGGUGGAUUAUUUGGCUCAGGACUGGUCUUCUGAGUACAGUCUUCAGAGUGACCAGAAGGAAAUCACCUUCAUUGUGUUCCGCUCUCUACAAGUGGAUGAUGAAGAAGAUGGAGACAUGACUGAGAUGAAGAGGGCUGAGUUGGACAUAGCGGUCCAUUUUAAAAGAGAUCCAGGACAAACUGUUAUUGCUAUUCAUUCACCGUACUGGAUGUUGAAUAAGACGGGCAGGUUGCUGCAGUACAAGGCUGACGAUAUCCACCGUAAACAUCCGCUAGACUACCACAUGCCCCUGCUUUUCUCCUUCAAGCCUCGCAACUUUCUGCACAACAAUAAGGUUCGUCUCAUGAUCUCAGACAGCGAACUGUCAAAGGAGUUCUCGUUGGACACAGUUGGUAGCCAUGGAGAUGUGAAAUGUGAAGGCAGAUUCAAAGAUUACCUGGUUGGCGUGAAGAUCGAGGCGAGCAGUUUCAGUCUCACCCGCAUCGUGACCUUUGUGCCCUUUUACAUGCUGGUCAACAGAACCAAACACCGGAUCUUCGUUUGUGAAGAGGGACAAGAGAACUGGACUGAGGCACAGCCAGAGCAGUCAGCGGUUCCGUUCUGGCCGGAGAACGAUACCAAGCUGAUAAAAAUCAAAGUGGAAGGUUGUUUAGCUCCUCCUUUGACCGUUCACUUCACACAACCGGAAAACUGCCUGCUGCUGCAUCUGGACAACUCUAUGGGUGGGAUUAUCGUAGACGUGAAUCUGUCCGAGCACUCGGCCACAAUCCGCUUCUCUGAGUACCAUGAUGGUGCAGCCCCCUUCCUCAUCAUCAAUCACACCAAAGAUCACACUCUUCUGUUCCAUCAAAGGCUCCUGGAAGAAACCUCAUGGGUGUCUAACUCGUUGCUCGACCUUUCCUUCUCACAGAAUGAGGACAGUUCUGAGAAGGAGGCCGAGCUGGAGGAGUUGGAAGCUGGGAAAGCUGUGUACUACACCUGGACUUUUCCCACUGGAUCUCGAGAGCUUUGCUGGAAGUGCGGCUCUUACAGUGGGCAGCUAAAGACCGAGGAGGACUUGCGUGAAGACAUGAAGAAAGCAGGAAAACUAUUUGUGGUUUCUUUUUAUGAAGGUCUCCAGCGUGUUGUGCUGUUCACUGAGGAUCAGCUGAUCUACAGACUGCUGUGUGAAAAUGAGAAGGUGCAGUGGGCUGAACAGGAAGUCAUCCUGUCACUCCAGAAUAUGGGCGUGUCUCUGGUUAACAAUACUAACAGCCAGGAGGUUUCCUUCAUUGGAAUCACAAGCUCUGAUGUGGUUUGGGAGCUGAAGCCCAAGAAGAAGAAUCGAUGGAAGACUUUGAGCAAUAAUGAAACGGAGAUAUUGGAGAGCAGUUAUAAGACGUACAUGGAGUCUGGGCCCGUCCACCACGCCAUUGUUGAUUUGGAGAACAAUUAUCAGGUGUUGUUUACGCCUACUGGCACCAACAUGCACAUGCAGCAGCCAGUGGAUGCUCAGCUAAGGAGGCACUUCAUGCCGGGUGUGAAGGUGGAGUACAGCGUCUCAUCCCGACAGAAAACCUACCGUGUCCAAAUCCACCGCAUACAGAUCCAGAAUCAGCUGCCAGGAGCCAUCUUUCCUUACGUUUUUUAUCCUGUAAAGCUGCCAAAGUCGAUCACCAUGGAUGCAGAACCUAAACCUCUUACUGACAUCAGUGUUGUUACAAGAACUGCUGGACACUCGGAUAUUUCUCGCAUCAAGUACUUUAAAGUAUUGAUUCAAGAGAUGAACCUAAAGCUUGAUCUGGGCUUCCUGUAUGCCAUCCUGGACUUCUUUAAUCCUGUGAAUGCCAGUACACCAACGUCAGAACAGGAGGUGGAACUGUUUGACAAGGACAUAGAGUACAUAAAGACGGAGCUUAACCACGUUUCUCCUGCUGAUACAUCUCCCAUCAGCCUUUAUGAGUACUUCCACAUUUCUCCUAUCAAGUUGCAUUUGAGUUUCUCUCUAAGUACGGGAGGAGAAGAUGGCCUGAAGGAGAAGAGAGACACUGAACUCAUCCCGGUUCAGUCCCUCAACCUGCUGCUGAAGAGCAUCGGAGCGACUCUCACCGACGUGGAGGACGUCGUUUUCAAACUUGCCUACUUUGAGUUGAGAUUCCAGUUUUGCACCACUCAGCAGCUCCAACAGGAGGUCAUCCGCCAUUAUUCCAAACAGGCUAUCAAACAGAUGUAUGUGCUUGUGCUGGGCCUGGAUGUGCUUGGAAACCCGUUUGGGCUGAUAAGAGGAUUGUCAGAAGGUGUAGAGGCUUUCUUCUAUGAGCCCUAUAAGGGAGCCAUCGAGGGCCCAGAGGAGUUCCUAGAAGGAGUGUCUCUUGGAGUUAAAGCCCUUGUUGGCGGAGCUGUUGGCGGUUUAGCAGGAGCAGCCGGGAGAAUAACCGGGGCCAUGGCAAAAGGCGUCGCUGCGAUAACUUUGGAUGAAAAAUAUCAGCAGAAGAGACGAGAAGCUAUGAACAGACAACCCAAGGACCUGAAAGAGGGGCUGACCCGGGGUGGAAAAGGACUGAUCUCUGGUUUUGUCAGCGGAAUCACAGGGAUCGUUACCAAACCUAUUGAAGGAGCUCAGAAAGAGGGUGCAGCAGGAUUCUUUAAAGGCGUUGGCAAAGGUCUGGUGGGUGCCGUAGCUCGACCCACGGGAGGCAUCAUCGACAUGGCCAGCAGCACCUUCCAGGGAAUCAAGAGGGCAGCUGUGACCUCGCAAGACAUUGAGUCUCUGCGACCUCCCCGCUUCAUACAUGAGGACGGCGUCAUACGACCGUACAAGGAGAGGGAGGGCCUCGGCAGCCAGAUGCUGCAGAAAAUUGAAAAUGGACGUUUUGCAGAGUAUAGAUACUUUGCUCAUGCAAAGGUCAAUGAUUCGGACUUCCUCAUGAUCACCAAGAGGGGAAUCUUUUUUGUGACCAAAGGCACAUUUGGCCAGUUGACCUGCGAGUGGCAGUAUCUCUUCGAAGAAUUCACGAAGGAGCCGAUGAUCAUAGAGGGACGGCGACUUCGGAUUGAGGCCAAGGAAAGAGUCAAAUCAGUCUUCCAUGCAAAAGAGUUUGGAAAGAUCAUAAACUUCACAACUCCUGCUAUAGCCAAGUGGGUUCUUGCCAAAUUGGAGGAUGCCAGAGAAAGUUUACCCAAAUAAUGGCUAACCAAAAAGAAUAGGACGUGCCACUCACACACAGACACGAUCUGUGUGUGUCAGUGCCUUUAGUAUUACUGCAUGCCUGUCUUUGUUUUCCUACACGUGUGAGUCGUGCACAGGUAGCGUGUGUUAGGAGUGAAAGACUGGGUGCGUGCACAUGAUGAGAAGUGCUACAAAAAGUUACUGAAUCAUGUUAUUUCAUCACAGGAGCUUCGAGCAUGUUGAACCAAACUUUCUCCGGCCCUCUGUUAUAAUUGCACUCAUCUUUUGCACAAAUAUAGUUUUGUCAUCAAGCCUCAACUUUAAGAACUCGUUUUUGUAACGUUUGUGGUAAAUCCUGGCGACGCUGAAGGGCACUCGAGGCCUCCGGGUGAUUUUCAGCUCAUCAGUCACAAAUUUUACUGUGAUUUAUUGCUGUAAAAUAUAUAAUUGAAGUUGUACAUAGUCACAGAAAUGAUACUGCAAACCUCCUAAAUAACUUUGAGGCCAAAUUAACCACAGAUGUUUUCCUGCUCAUUUAUUUUACUGAAUUAUAUCAAAGGAAAACCAAUUAAAAGAUGUGCAUGCGUGUAACUUUAUUGUAAUUAUUCUCAUAAUUUAAACGAUGUGUCCUUAUUUUAGUUUACAUUUAAUUUUUUUUUUGCUUUUUUAAAGACAUUUUUUGCUAAAUAAAGACGAGUUUAAGAUGCAUGCUAUUUUUAUACAAUAUUGAGCUGUAUCUCUGCUGUACAUUAAUCUAAUCUAGUGUUCUGUUUAUACCAUCCUCAUUAAUCUGUAUUGCAGAUUAUAAUUUUCAUGUUUUAUACCACACAUAUGCAAUGCAAACAGUGAAAUAUGCAGAGGAAAUGUAAUUAUUAACAUCUGCUGCUGUUUACUCUGAUGUACGAGGUUUUCACUUUGGUUUGGGGUGCAUUAACGUUUAUUAUCAGUUAGUAUUUCUAAAGCCCAUUUCCCCUUAUCUCGGUUUAUUUAGAAUUUUGGCCAUCUUCAAAACAAUUAAAGAUGCUCCAAAUUUC